GAACUGAAGCAAACGUAAUGCUGCCGUGUAGCUAUUUUCUUUUCCUUCCCCAAAGCCAACUGUUUUCCUCCUAAACCAGUCCUACUUUUCUUCCCUUCAAUUCUCUCCAACUUCCACAUUCAUUUCUUCUCUUAUUCAAUCAACCCUUUCCUGUUUGGUUUCGCAUCAACCUUUUCGUUUGCUCCUCUUCUACGGAACCCAACCACGAUUGCGAUUGGAUUUGGAUGUGUUGAGAUAACAGGAGGAGAAGGUAUGAGCGAGAAGCUGAGGUGUGGAAGUGGUAGUUCGAGCUCAAGUUUGAACAGCAUAUCUCUGGAAACAGAGGAUGACCAAACAAUUGCAGGCAUAUUGGCAGAGGACGAAAAUCUGAAGGCAGACAAUAGGCUUGGAAAGAGACUUUCACAUUUAGAUUCCAUUCCACACACUCCCCGCGUUAAUGGAGAAAUUCCUGAUGUAAACGAUGCAACAUUAGACCACGAGAGGCUAUCUGAAAGGUUAGUUACAUAUGAUUUGGCAGAACUACAAAUGGAAGGUGAUGGGAAUUGUCAGUUUAGAGCAUUAGCAGAUCAGCUGUUCCGCAAGUCUGAUUAUCACAAGCAUGUUAGGAGGCAGGUUAUAAAGCAGCUAAAGCAUCACAAAAAAUUGUAUGAAGGUUAUGUACCAAUGCAGUACAAAAGCUACUUGAAGAAAAUGAAAAAAUCAGGGGAGUGGGGAGAUCAUGUUACACUACAAGCAGCUGCAGACCAUUUUGGUGCCAAAGUUUGCUUAGUCACCUCUUUCAGAGACACUUGCUAUGUUGAGAUCCUUCCUAAUGACAAAAAUCCCACUAGAGAGCUAUGGCUAAGCUUUUGGAGUGAAGUGCACUAUAACUCAUUGUACGCUACUGGAGGUAAUAAUAUGCCUAAUAGAAUAAAUUUGAAAUGGAAUUUUGUUCUUUCUAUCGCUAUAUUCUUUUCAUACCUUCAGAAGUUAUACCAAACAAAUAAGCUAAUUGUUUUAUUUGUUGAAUGAUAUUACAGAUGUUCCGCCUAGAGUACCAAAGAAAAAGUUUUGGCUCUUCUAGACUGACGAAACAUAUUAGAAAAGCCAGUUUAUGCAUAUUAUUUUAGCAACUACCAAACUUGUACAAACCACAGAAGUAUAACCAAACUCUGAAUUUAUCAUUGUACAGUUCUUAUUUUCUACCAAGUGGGAGUAUAAGUAUGUUAUAAGAUG